CGCCUGUCGCCGUCGCCGUCGCCGGUCGCCGCCGUCGCCUCCGUCAAGGCCAAUCCUGCCGUCUCACCGCUCCUGCCACCGCACGGUUCCGCCGUCGACUCCUACGAAUUUGCAAGAAUGAGUGAUAAUCGAUCGUGGAUGUACGCGAGAUACAAUGAUCGUGCUGCAUUUGAAACGGGACUUGAGAGUUUCCUCGAGUUUGUGAUAAAUCAAACAGCGUAUACAGAUGGAAUUGGUAACAUUAGGUGCCCGUGUAGGAAGUGUAAGAAUAAAGUCUUUGCAUCUGUACCUACAGUCAGUGAACAUGUUACUAGGCGUGGAUUUGUCCACAAUUACACGAACUGGUGUUAUCAAGGGGAAGCACCAGUGUAUAUGCCAGCAGAACAUACUAUAAUGGAUGAGGAUGAUGGGUCAUACAGUAAUUACCAAAGGAUGGUGCAUGAUCAUGCUGGACCUAGUAAUUAUCAAGAUCCUCCAAAUCUUGAGGAGCCGCCUAAUCCUGACGCUCAACAAAUUUAUGACAUGUUAAACGCAGCCGAUAGUCCUCUAUACCCAGACUGUGAUACUUACUCACAGUUAUCCUGGAUGACACAGAUGAUGAGCAUAAAGGUUGAAAAUCACAUGUCAGAGAGAUGUUUUAAUCAGAUAUCUGAGAUGGUUCAAAAGGCUUUACCGAAGGAUAACAACUGCCCUGACAGCUUUUACAGUACGAAGAGAAAUCUGCGCGGGUUGGGUUUGCCAGUAGAGAAGAUUGAUUGUUGCGUUAAUAACUGCAUGUUGUAUUGGGGGGACGACAGUGAGCUAGAGAGUUGUAAUUUUUUUGGUGCAUCACGAUAUAAGGAGAACUUGCGUGCAUCUGGAAGCCGCCGAAAGAAACGUGUGGCCGCCAAACAGAUGCACUAUUUUCCUUUGACGCCCCGACUGCAAAGGUUGUUUGCAUCUGCGGCAACAGCCGAAAAUAUGCGAUGGCAUGCGACUUCAAUAGAAGAUGGGAUCAUGCGCCACCCAGCAGACUCUCCGGCAUGGAAACACUUGAAUUCAGUAUAUCCUGGAUUCGCCGAGGAGAUAAGAAAUGUGAGAUUAGGCCUCUCUACAGAUGGUUUUGCCCCAUUUGCACAAUCAGGGCGUCAAUAUUCUUCUUGGCCGGUCAUUGUCACACCGUAUAACUUGCCUCCGUGGUUGUGCAUGAAAGAACAAUUCAUGUUCCUCACUGUCCUCGUGCCUGGGCCAUCUAACCCAAAGAUGAAGUUGGACGUUUUCUUACAGCCACUGAUACAAGAGUUGAAAUAUUUGUGGGAGGUUGGUGUGAACACUUAUGACAUAUCGUUGCAGCAAAAUUUUCAGAUGCGGGCAGCUCUAAUAUGGACUAUUAGUGAUUUUCCAGCGUACGCUAUGUUGUCUGGGUUGGGGUUUGGUAGUCGGUCUUCUGGGCCUGAGGCACAGUCCUCCUCAGGCUCUGGGCCGUAUAUUUCCGCUACUCCAGAGUCUGGUUCCCCUCCACAGAGCGCUGCUGCAUCUGGGUCUAGAAGGCCCAAAGGCAAAUCAGUGGCGCAGAUUAGGGCCGAGUGUGUUAGACGCGACGGGAGGAUCCUCUUUCAGAGGAAUACUGUUGGUAAGUUGAUCGAGCCCCCGGGGAUCUCCACCUGCUGCACGAACUCGUUUAAGAGGAUUCCGAACCCAGGCGGGUACACGUGGAAGUUAACUCCGCCAACGGUGCAGGAGUUGUAUUUUGAGGAAUUCAAGAAAGAGUUUACUUGGAACCCUGAGGAUGAGGCUGAUGUGAAAAAAAUGUGGUUAGAAAAGGCCCGCAAAAGGUACAGUGACAACAUGAGCGAGUAUAAGAGACUGCUCAAGCAGAAGACCGAGGCAGGGGAGAUGAUGGAGACACCGCUGGGCAUGUCCGACACCUUUUGGACGGGACUCAAGGCAUACUGGGAUCAAGAUGAGGUUAAGGCCGUUUCUAGGCGCGCACGUGAGAACCGAUACUCUGAGCCCGAUGGAGUUGGUACAGGGAUCAGUCGGCACGUUGGAGGGUCUCAGUCGAGUGGUAUUCUGCAGCAGAGUCUGCUCGUGGAUGGUGAAGUCCCCCCAACUGCAUCUAACUACAGCACUUUCCUCCGCCUACACAUGUACGCAGAUGGAACUUUUGUGUCAGAAAAGGAUGCCAACCUUGAUGCGGAGAUUCAUCGUGUUGCUGCUGAGACAGGACGAGAGGACCGACUCGAUGAGGUCUACUUGGAGCUCGUACGUCCCGGUAGGUCACGACUGUACGGCACUGGAAGUGCUGGUGUGAGCCAGUUCAGUAGAGGGUCUACCAACAGUACAUGCUCUUCCCAGAUGUCUCAGCAGAUGUAUGAGACUCGGAUCUCCACACUGGAGGAGCGUCUCCAAAAGGCUGAGGAGGAUAGGGCGGCCCAAGAAGCAUCACGUGAGGCCGAACAAGCAGCACGUGAGGCCCUUGAGCAGCGGAUGAGUCAGUUCGAGGAGAUACUGAGGCGGUCGGGUCAGCUACCUUGAGCAUCACUUCUAUGUAUCUAUAUCAUGUUGAACUUUUUUUUUAUGUUAUGUUUCUGAACAAACACAAUUACACUUGAACUUUGUUUAACAUUUGUGUUUUGUUGAACAAUUUAAUUGUUUUAUGUUUUCAAA